AUGUUUGGUUUCCUGGCUUUCAAUGGAGGAUCGAUGGCCGAUAUAGUUAAACCUGGAGAGGGCCGUAUAGUGGCUUUGGCAAUGGUCUACCCUGUGCUGAAAGGUUCGCUACUGUUAGGUAUGGUGUCAUCUUGCGCCGGUUGUAAUCGUAUGGAACCAUGGGCGUCAUCAUUUACUGGUAUCGGAGCCGGACUCACCUACCUCGCUCUCAGCCACUUCAUGAUUGCGUAUGAUUUAAGUGUAAUUAACUUCUACGUUCAGCGAGAGUGUUGA